AUGUGUGAUGACACGGUCCGUGAUACGGAAGGUACGCUAGGAUAUCUAAACAUUUGCGGUAUCAAUAACAAUGGUGACUGCGAACCGACAGCAGCAACAACAGUAACAGUAUCAACUAAGUUGCAACAGCUACAGACCAAUGCGUUUGCUAUAUCUGUUGUGGUGGGUGCUGUCGUCGCUGUUGUGGCAAAUAGACUAUACAAAGUAUUACAUCAUUGA